UCAACUAGUGUUAUCUACCCAGCAGAUGUUGUAGCUGUUGUGAUGAAGACACUAGUAGGCCUACUGUUGCUUCUAACUGCUUAUCAGAGCUAUGCAGCUACUACAGACUACUACACAGCCGCUGUGGUGGAGUAUGGCUCCCCGACCUACCCUAGCUUUAGCGCCGACGAGGUUAUGCUGGCCAAUGCUGCAGUUUUCACGGAUUUUAUGCGUAACGCAUCUUUAAGUGAGGUGGAUAUUAUAGUAUUUCCAGAAGGCGGACUAUCUGGCCACAAUGUCAGAAAAUCUAUUGAACUUCCAUCUCCUGAAGAAAAGGCAAACCCUUGUACCGAGUCUACUAAGUACCAUACGGCCCUUGUACUGCUAUCCUGUGCGGCAAAAAAGUACAACAUGUACGCUGUGAUAAACACAGGAGAACAAUACUACAGUUCUACAACUAACAAAACUGAAUACUACAACAGCAAUGUGGCUAUAGACAAGAAUGGAACUGUUGUGGCAAGGUACAGGAAGUUUAACCCUUAUGGAGAGCCAGUCACCAAGCCUGCUCUAGAUCUACACACCUUCACUACAGAUUUCAACGUGACUUUUGGCAUGUUCAUAUGCUUCGAUAUAGACUUUGAAGAGCCAGGAGUGGUUCUAGCCAGAGACUACGGAGUGAAACACUUCGCAUUCCCUCAUUGCUGGAUCUCAGAGCUACCUUUCCUGACAGCCAUCCAGGCCCAGUGGGGAUUCGCCUACAGUCUAGACACAGUCCUCCUUGCCUCAGGGUGUAACUACCCUUCUUCGGGAGGUACAGGUUCAGGGAUCUACCACGGCAGACGAGGAGCGCUUCAGUACUUCCAGACUAACUCACGUACCUCCAGACUACUCAUAGCCAACGUGUCCAAGAACUUCGAACCUGACAACAAAGUCUUCCACACCAAAGACCCUGCAAGGCCUACCACUUACAAGGAGCCUGUAAAGAAUGUUGUAUCCAAUGAGUUCAGCGACGUAGAAGUCCAUCUGCUGGAAGACCAACACACCAACAGCUCCCUGUUCCUCCUGAGGGACUACACGGAUGUCUACAGGAGUCGUCAGCUGUUUCCCUCGGGAUUUUAUCCCUCGUCAGCCUCGGCGGCGCCGCUCCAGGACUCCUCCCUGACUGUCACUCUCACAACAAAGACUACUAUCUGUCAGGGAGUCGUCUGCUGUGACUUUGAGGUCAGAGUGACUAGUAUUUUCAAUGCGACCAAACCUUCAGCACCAUCCAGAGGAGACGACUUCAGUCGUCAGUUCUAUAGACUUGUGGCUUUCGAUGGUGUACGAUGGUACGGUGGGGGAGUUGCCACUGGUGGAGUUCAGUUAUGUGGAGUAGUGUCCUGUGUCAACGACUCCAUCUCCUCCUGCGGUCUCAGGUCGGAUGACGCCUCCGCCCAGGUGGCGACCUACGGCCAGCUCUUCAAGACUGAGACUAGGUUCGAGUCUGUCACCAUCAUCGGGACUUUCACCCACAAUCGCACCUUCAUCUACCCUGACAUCCUCACCACGGCCACUGGGGACAACUUCGGAGCUCUCGUACCCUCUGCGGCCUUCGCCUACGAGGAAUAUCCUCCUUACAACGGAUCCAUCAUGGCCUACCUCAAGAUCAACUACCCCAUAGACAACCUAGUCACUGCUGCCAUCUACGCUCGCCAGUUUGACCGUGACGGGCAGAAGAGAACAGAGCUCCCUCUCAGCAGCUACGCCCACCCCUUACCUGGGAGUAUCUUCUUGUUAGGGGUGUUUUUCCUUUUAUUUUUCAAUUGCAUCCUCUCAACUGUACAUUGAAAAUAUUUUAAAGUAAUGAUUGAUAUUAAAGGGAAAUGCAUUUUUGGAGAAAAUAUGUUUGUAAGUUUAUUUUAGGUCAGUUUUAUCGAUGAAAAACAUAUUUUCAACAAUGUAUCUCUGUAGAAAUCCACAAUUUCUAUUAAUGUCAUAAAUUAAAAGUAUUAUAGUCAAAGAAGAGUCCUUGUGAGGUAGCAAAAUUAUAAAUAGCCAAUAAUUACUCCACCACCAGAAGCGAAACCCGUACGACACUGUCAGUAAAACUAAGUCAUCCCCAGAAUUUAAGUUUCAGUACUCCACUUGUAAAAGUUAGGUUGUGUUUGUAUGAAUCAAGCAAUACUUUUAAACCAUGCAGCUGUUCCAAAAUGAGAGUCAGAACUGCAACGCAGAGAAGAAAUCAGAUAAUACAUAGCUUAAAAAUUAGUUUGUAAGGCAAUCAAAUCUUAAACAAAUUGGCAACAUUUUGUUUAUACAAAUGCGCAAGCUGAAAUUUUCAUGAUAUAUUUUCAAGACCUACUUGGUAAAUUAUUUCAAACCUUUUGUGCUUAAAUGCCAAGUAAUGCAAAGGUAAAACCAAACGUAUAAACCUCUCCGAGGGAUGACACCCUGUUCAUUAAAAUUAAUGUUGUUAUAAUAUAACAGUGGCCAACACAGCAACAGUGUUAUCCAUUCCCAUCAUAAUACUUCCAUAGGACUCCAGAGGUUAUCAGUAGUGAUGGUAAGUAAUUAAAAACUAGUCGUAGGUAAAGUAUUGUGCACAACUCGCGUAAUUAGCCAAUCGAAGGAGUUUUGAAAGCACUCACCAAAGCUAGUACCUUAAAUUUUCUACUCGUCUUCACGCGAUCGUUGCAUAAACUACUAUAGCCUGUGUGUUCCCAUUAUUAUGUAGCAUUGGUUUUGCAUAGUAAUAAAAAAUUAAAAUAUUGAACAAUGAAUAAUGUAGUUAAUGUCCCUGCUUGAUAAAUUAUUUCAAUAUGUAAUAGUAUAUUACGUUACUAGUCCUGAAAAUAAGUGUUUACCGGACGAGUGUGGUCGUUCCCGUGCGAGACGAAGUCGAGUACGGGAUUACCAUACGAGUCCGGUACACACAUUUUGGACGAGUUACGUACGAUAGUUUACGCCAUACUACUAAAUCCGUACAAAUCCUUAUUUCCACCAACUAAAGGACUAAAAAUCACUAGUCAUAACCUCUAAGAGAGGUUAUGUUUUUGUUUAUAACUACUCACUGCCACCUAAAUACAGUAUAAUCAGCUGAUUGGUGUCCGGCAAAACUCAUUGCAGCACAGUAGUACGCAAUGAAACCCCAUUUGAAUAAGCUGGCGGCAAACAGCUGUUUUCUGGACUAAUUCCUUGCGUGGGAAGUUCGUCAAAAUAAUGUAGUGUGGCGUAAACAAGUUUACAAGCAUUGUUGUAUACAAUAAGAUUAAUCAAGCUGUAUAAACUGGUGUAAAGGUUGAAUGUUGUAAAUUUUUACUACCUGUCAAUAUCAUCAAUCAAUUGUGAUUCGCAAAAAGUAACUAAAUACAAAUGUAUAAUGUUUUACUACACAUUGUAUAACCCAAAAAACUGUUCUAUAUUUUAUCAAGAUUGUUAACUAAAAGGUUUUUUUAAAACGUCAUCACGGUACUAAACAGGUAAAUGAGAUUUUUUGAUGACUUCCCCAGUUAAUGUUUCUAAUAUCAAAGCUGCUGUUGGCAAUAAAAAGGUUGCGUAGCAGAGUCUUCUUUGCGUCAUAAAAUAUUUCAUUUCACCGCUUCACUAACGCAAUUUCAAAUACUUUAAGUUGGUAAAAGAAGGUAAUGUUAGUGAAGAAUAGCAAUAAUAUCAUAUUUGUAUCAAAUAUAUGCAUUUUAUGAGUAA